AUUAGAAUAAAGACGUGCGCAUCUUCACGGAAUUCGCGCCAUUUGUGCCGCCCAAUUUGCCUUCUUCCAAAAACAAAAAUAAAUAAAUAAAAAUUGUCAAACAAAAAAAAAAUGGAAACCCAAUAUGUAUCUAAUAUGAUGAUGAUGAUGAUUAAUGGUGGAUUAUUUAAAUCAAAUUAUUCUCCUAAUCCCCGACAAAAUAGUUUAUAUAAGAAUAAUAAUGCCAGUUAGUUGUUAGUACGUUUACCUUCGGGAAGAGUAGUAGUUGUAUGUAGUUCGCCGGUUGUGUGAGUGUGUGUUUUUCUUUUUAUAUGUUUGUUCAAUGCCACUGUUCAAUUGGGAUCCGAUUAGUUCGUCAAAGGUUUAGUUAGAAUUCUAAGGAUCCCUCGAAAGUGGUGGAUCACAAAUCUCAGCCUUAUAAAAAAAAAAAUUAAAAAAAAAAAAAAACCAUUUUCAAGAUUCCACCUUUUUGGAUCAAUUCUUGGAUCAGCUGCACAAAGAUAUUGACUUGUGCGCCACAUAACCAGAGAAAGGGAAAGGGGGCUGGUUUCAAAUUCUUAAUCUUAUUGAUCUCUGAAGAAGGAGAAGAAGAAGAAGAAGAAGAAGAAGAAUCAGUAUCUGGAACUUGGGUUGAAGAUAUAACCGACCCAGUUGGAUUUCAUCUUCAUAGCUUGAUGGCAAAGCUGCAAGGGCGCUAGGAAGAAACAGGGGAGAAGAAAGAUCAGCUGUAAAGAAAACUCAAAAGGGUAUUUUGCAAUUUCAACUUUAUUUGCUUUAAAGAAUGAGCGGUAAAGAGCCACCGACGUUGGAUGAUGAGCAAUUGGCUGAGCUAAGAGAGAUCUUCCGAUCAUUCGACAGAAACAAUGAUGGAAGCCUAACGCAAUUAGAGCUGGGAUCACUUUUGAGAUCAUUAGGCCUACAACCAAGCCCUGAUCAGCUUGAGACUCUGAUUCAAAAGGCAGAUAAGAACAGCAACGGAUUAGUCGAAUUCUCGGAGUUUGUAGCUCUGGUGGCGCCGGAGCUUUUACCGGCGAAAUCUCCUUAUACUGAUGAUCAGCUGAAGCAGCUGUUCAGAAUGUUUGAUAGAGAUGGGAAUGGGUUCAUCACUGCUGCAGAGUUGGCUCAUUCUAUGGCUAAACUUGGGCAUGCCUUGACUGCUGAUGAGCUCACUGGAAUGAUUAAAGAAGCAGAUACUGACGGUGAUGGGAGAAUUAGUUUUGAGGAAUUUUCUCAGGCGAUUACUUCAGCCGCAUUUGAUAAUUCUUGGGGUUAAGGAAAAGUGUGGGAUUUUCAUCAGGUUGGCCUUCAAUUACAUGGCUUAAAGGAAUGAAUGGAAUUGCCAUGGAUGCGGACAAGUUAUCCUUGUUCUCGCCGUCUGUAGUUUUUGAUAAAUUAGUGAAUAGUGAGGCUCCCUUCACUUGUAAAAGGUGUUCGUUCAGUUCUACAUAUUCCAAUCAAAGACACACAAAUUUUGAUGAAAGUAAAAUGUCCAACUGAACUCCUCUGGGUUAGGGUUUCCGAAAGAAUGUGUUGAUAAUUCAGCCUCGCAAGAAAAGGACCAGGAUUGGUUAUCAGAACGAUUGAUCUCUUGCAACUGUAUCAAAGUUGUGACAAAUUUGCCAUUGUUUGUAUGAUGAGGGAUGUAGCUAAAGAUUUUGACCAGAGAUGAUUUAUAUCAGCC